UUCGUGUAGAGGGUGACAGCCCCUCCUAUUCUCCCCGACCUGUUCUUCCUAAAGAGCUUUUACCCAUCCAUUUCCCAUGCUCCAGUCAUAGAGUCACCCCACCGUAUCCCAGUGAUGCCAGUAACAUCAUGCACGCGUCUGUAACUCCUCACGUUUGUUCCCCAUGACGUGUGCAUUUGUGUAGAGGCAUUUAAGUUCAAAACAGUUAAAGCCACCUGAAAAGGAAAACACCACUUUUCAUUAAAUUGCCAGUCUUGGAGGGAAAAAAAUAAUCACAAGCUUUUUGCUUUUGUUUUGUUUUGUUGGGUUUUGUUUGGUUUGUUGGUUUUGGUUUGGUGGGGCUUUUUUGUUCGUUUGUUUUGGUUGGUUGGGGGUUUGUUGGUUGGUUGGUUUGGUUUUUAACCCUCUACCAGCGAUAGUUCAAGUGAAAAUCUGCUGGUAGUUGUGAAAAACAAGAUUGCACAUAGAUUUACUUUUAUUUGAAAAAGAAAAAAAAUCAUAUCUUAAGGGCUUUAAUUGCUUUUCUGAAGCAGCACAAAAGAGUAAAAGAACAAGGAAAUUCUAGGUGUAACGCGGGAUAGCUGGGGAAAACCAUAUUAUAAGCUGAACAAAUUUUUACGGAAAUAAACAUUUUCUGUUAUGUUUACAUCUCGUAUUCCUUCUAGUUUACAAGAAUUUGUGAAGGACACUGGAAAUUACAGCAAGAAAAUAGUAGAUGAUCUUCUGGACCAUAUCACUAGUGGAGAUCAUUCCAAAACUACUUAUCAGCUAAAGCAGAGGCGAAACAUCCCAGUAAAAAUGCUGGAUGAAGUUAAAGUUGUGCCAGUUGUCAUAAAAGAAGAACACAAGUUGCAUAAUACCUGUCUGGAUUCUUCCAAACAGACUAUGGUUGGAGAAUCUGCUGGAGACAGUAGCACUUCUGAUUUGGACUUUCUCUCUAUGAAACCAUAUUCAGAUGUAUCUCUUGAUAUUUCUAUGUUAACUUCGCUAGGGAAAGUGAAGAAGGAGCUUGAUCAUGAUGAUAACGAUUUACAUCUGGAUGAAACAACUAAGCUGCUGCAGGACCUUCAUGAAGCUCAGGCUGACAGAGUGGGAUCCCGGCCAUCAUCCAAUCUGAGUUCCCUCUCCAAUACCUCUGAAAGAGACCAACAUCAUCUUGGAAGCCCUUCUCAUCUAAGUGUUGGAGAACAACAAGACAUGGCUCACGAUCCCUAUGAAUUUCUUCAGUCUCCAGAAACCUCAAAUGCCACUACUAACUAAUCUGUAUAUAUUUUGUAUUUAAAUUGUAAUAUGUUUUUCUAAAGUUUUUGUCCAUGGCAGAAACCUAAGUUUUUCCCCCUUUUCUGUGAGGUUGCCUAUCUAUUAUUAUCAUAUAUGCUGGAUUAAACAAAAGAAAAAUACCUAGUUAGUACAUCAUUUUGUUAGCCAUGUACCAAAACCUGCUCCUGAUUUGUUUAUUGAAGGAGGUUGCUGUAUACUCGUCUGUAAAUCUUGAGUGAAAAGCAACAAAUUAUGUGUUAAAAACCCCUGUUAUUUUAUAGAAACUAAACCUGAUAAUUUUCCCGGUGUCAUGGCAGCAGUCAUGAAAUGUUUCUAGUAAAAUUAUCUACCAAACAUCUUCAUGGAGGAAUAUUUCAUUUCAGCACUGACAGAAUUGCAUGAAUUGUCAUCAUUAUUAUGUUUCUCAUCUCCUAACCCUAAUUAUCUGUAGGAGUUCAGUCCUAAAUCCAUAUUGUUAAAUCUUUUUUUUAAUCACUCUAGAGAAUACUUACUUUGAGAGUAACGGUAUUCUGUACUUGCAUUGAAGUGCUCAUUGCAAGAAUUCUACCCUGGAUCUAAAAAAGAUUAAUGUUUUUGUGAUCCCUUGUGUCAUGAAACACGAACAAAAUACGAUUCUUAAUAUUUUAAAUUUGGCAUAUAUAUUUACUUGGGUGGGAAAAAUACUGGAUAAGGUGUGCUUUUCAGUAAUUUUAUAGUAAAACUUCUAUAAUUUAGUACUGAUGUAACGGAGGGGUUUUAUACCAUUGGUAUGUGCAAGCUGGACAAAUGUCAUGAAUUUACAGUAUUUUGUAAAUACUAAUAAAAAUACAAAAGCA